AUGGCUAAUGUACAUAGAAUAGGUGAUUAUUAAAAUAAUGGUUAAGGAGGAAAUUAUUACUAAAUGGGAAAUUAGGAAUCUUAAUUAAACAUGGGGCGUUUAUAAUAAAUGAGAGUUCCCUUUAUAACUUCCGGAAAUAGAUAUCAAGGAGAUCCUAGAAAAGAAACAUUUCCUUAAAUGCUUAAGUUAAAUUUAUGUCCUUCACUUAAAUUAUUUUCAUUUACAAUUUUUAUAAUUUUAUUAAAUGUUUUAAUAUUUGUAUCAAUGUGUACUUAAGGUAUAAAUAAAUAAGGAUAAUUAUUAGAAAUAAGGAUAGAUGUCCUUGAUGAAUUUGGUGCAAAUAAUGCUUAAAAAAUCCAAUAAAAAUAUUAAUUAUGGAGACUUUUUACCGCAAUGUUUUUACAUUUAAACUUCAUUCAUAUCCUUUUUAAUUCUGUUUCUGCUUUUAUUUUAGUCUCUGUUAUGGAAUAUACAUAUGGCACAUUAUAUGUAAUUAUUAUAUACAUAUUAAGCGGUAUAGGAGGAAAUUUAUUUACUGAUAUGUUCUCUAGUGUGAUUAUUAUUUCUGCAGGAGCAUCUACUUCUUUAAUGGGAAUGCUUGCCUUAUUUGUUUCUUAUAUGGUUUUGAAUUGGAAAUCACUUGAGUUUACAGGCUAACUUAGAUGUAUGUUCGUUUGUAUUACUACUAUUAUUAUUAUUUGGGUUUUCCUAUUAUCUUCCGGGUUUUCUACUAAAAGUGGUGUUGAUAAUUUUGGACAUUUGGGAGGAUUCAUUACCGGAUUAUUAGCUGGUAUUUGUAUCCCUAAACCUUUUUAAUAAACUGAUUAUGAAAUGAAAGCUAAAUUUAUUAGUGGAGGAUUACUUGCAUUCUUUCUAGGGUUAAUGUUAAUUCUUUUUUAUACAGUAGUUAAAUUAUGAAAAAGAGCAAAAAAAUAAUUAAAUAAAAUGAAUAUAUUUAUUAAAAAUAUAAAUAUAUUAUUGCAAAUAAUAGCAUAUAAAUAAAUUAUAUACAUAUUAAGUUUUUAAAAAAAUAAAUAUAUAC